UGCAUUGCGAGCUCAAAACAAACUUACCAGAAUAAUAAAAAAAAAUAACAGAUAGCCCGUUUUCGGCCAAGCGAUAUAGUUCCGUCAACAGUGGCAACAAAAACGAAAAAAAGGAAAGUUGUUGCCACGCGACAGGGAAGUCUGUCCGGCGACUUCCGGUCUCGCGCCUUGAUAUUGUAAUUAACCGUCAGGUGUGCGAUAAAUUACUACCGCGGUUUUUUUUGUUGUUUUUUUUUUUAAAGGCGUGUCAGCCAAUCAGAGCCGUGGACCGGGACCACUCCCCCUUUUCCCCUUCAUAAAUCUAAAAAGGCUAACCACGCUAACUCCCGUCGCGGUGUUGUGGCGACACGGAGCUGGAGCUUGUUUAUGGACCGAAUUGAUACAAGCUAUUGAAGCUAACUCCGCUGGACCCCCCCCCGCACUGUUUCUUCCCUCCCUCCCCUUUGUAAUUGCCAUUUACCAAUGAUGGCCGAGGUGUCGCGCCGGGGGGGUCGCGUUGAUGGGAGUCCUCUUCAUCCUCUUCAUCCUCCUCCUCCUCCUCCGCAACAACACGGGCGGCGCUGUGCGAUCUGUCUCCGGCGCAGGUCUCCCGGACCCGAGCAGUGUUUACGAUGAUGGGACCUCGGUCGAAAACGGGGACGCAGGCAGAGGCAGCAAUGAACCCGCCACACCGAUCGUCGACUUCCCACAGUGACAGGCCUUCCACGGAGACCCUGCAGAAGAACAACAGCAGCAACUCUGGUGUUAUCCUGGACAUCUCGGCUCUCAAGGUGGCGGAGGUGGACACCGAGGUGCCUCCUCUUCCACCUCGCUAUCGCUUCAGGGACUUGCUUCUGGGGGACCAGACGUUUCAGAAUGAUGACAGGUAUCAGGAGGAGUACAGUAUGGACUCAACCAAUGCCCAGGUGCAGGUGGAGUUCUACGUGAACGAAAACACCUUUAAGGAGAGGCUGAAGCUCUUCUUCAUCAAAAACCAAAGGUCAAGCCUGAGAAUCCGUCUCUUCAACUUCUCACUGAAGAUUCUCACCUGUGUCCUCUACAUCGUGAGAGUCAGCCUGGACGACCCCAAGGAGGUCAAUGGUAACCCAUGCAGUAGAAUAUGUCGCAACAACAAUUGGACAGAUGCCGCAGAGUCGCCAGACAUCAAGUGGGAGUGGAUUUUCUGCGUGAACAGGCGUGAAUCUGUUUGGGCGAUACAGGUGACAGUGGCCUUAAUCAGUUUCUUGGAGACCAUGCUUAUCACAUAUCUCAGCUACAAGGGGAACAUUUGGGAGCAGAUCUUCCAGAUAUCCUUCAUAUUGGAGAUGAUCAAUUCAGUGCCGUUUAUAAUCACCAUUUUCUGGGCUCCAUUGAGAAACAUAUUCGUCCCCGUAUUUCUUAACUGCUGGCUGGCCAAAGGUGCCCUGGAGAACAUGAUCAAUGAUUUCCAUCGAGCCAUCCAGAGGACCCACUCUGCCAUGUUCAACCAGGUGUUCAUCCUCAUCUGCACCUUGCUGUGUCUGGUGUUCACUGGAGCUUGUGGUAUCCAGCACCUAGAGAGGGCGGGGAAGAAGCUGUCCUUGUUUGACUCGUUCUAUUUCUGCAUCGUCACCUUCUCCACCGUGGGCUACGGGGACGUCACGCCGCAGAUCUGGCCCUCCCAGCUGCUGGUGGUCAUCCUCAUCUGUGUUGCCCUGGUGGUCCUCCCACUGCAGUUUGAAGAACUGGCGUACCUGUGGAUGGAGAGCCAGAAGCUGGGGGGGAACUACAGCCGCCACCGGGCGCAGACAGAAAAACAUGUGGUGCUGUGCGUCAGCUCACUGAAGAUUGACCUGCUGAUGGAUUUCCUCAACGAGUUCUACGCUCAUCCCAGACUUCAGGACUACUACGUGGUGAUUCUGUGUCCGACGGAGAUAGACAUCCAGGUUCGCCGUAUCCUCCAAAUCCCUCUGUGGUCUCAGAGGGUCAUCUACCUGCAAGGAUCUGCCCUCAAAGACCAGGACCUGAUGAGGGCCAAGAUGGAUGAUGCAGAGGCCUGCUUCAUCCUGAGCAGCAGGAACGAAGUCGACAGAACUGCCGCCGACCACCAGACCAUUUUGAGGGCCUGGGCCGCCAAGGACUUUGCUCCGAACUGUCCUCUCUACGUCCAAAUUCUCAAGCCUGAAAAUAAAUUCCACGUUAAGUUUGCUGAUCAUGUGGUAUGUGAAGAGGAGUUCAAGUACGCCAUGCUGGCGCUCAAUUGUGUGUGUCCGGCCACGUCCACCUUAGUCACUCUCUUGGUUCACACCUCCAGAGGACAGGAGGGGCAGCUGUCACCGGAGCAGUGGCAGAAGAUGUACGGUCGCUGCUCGGGGAACGAGGUCUACCACAUCCGCUUGUGUGACAGCAAGUUUUUCGGCGAGUACGAUGGGAAAAGCUUCACCUACGCUUCCUUCCAUGCCCAUAAGAAGUACGGGGUGUGUUUGAUCGGGGUGAAGCGGGAGGACAACAAGAGCAUCCUCCUGAACCCCGGCCCGCGUCACAUCAUGGCCGCCGCCGACACCUGCUACUACAUCAACAUCACCAAGGAGGAGAACUCGGCCUUCAUCUUCAAGCAGGAGGAGAAGCACAGCAAAGGGCUGUCCGUCACCGGCCUCUACGACGCCCCCUCCAGGCUGCCGGUGCACAGCAUCAUCGCCAGCAUGGUGGAUCAGGCCACUUCAUAUGGCACUGUAGCCAUAGAUCUCCAGAACCCCGAUCCGCCCGAGGAGAGCGGCAAACUGACACUGCCGACGGAGAACGGCGACGGAAGCCGCAGGCCGAGCAUUGCGCCGGUGCUCGAGAUCGCCGACUCCAGCGCUAUUCUGCCCUGCGACCUCCUCAGUGACCAGUCGGAGGACGAGACGAACCAAUCGGACGAAGAGGGCUCUGUGGGGUCAGAUUUUGUGAAGGGCUACCCUCCCAACUCGCCCUACAUCGGCAGCUCUCCAACUCUGUGCCACCUCCUGCCACAGAAAGCUCCGUUCUGCUGCCUUCGCCUCGACAAGGGCUGCACACAUAACAGCUUUGAGGACGCCAAGGCGUACGGCUUCAGGACCAAGCUGAUCAUAGUGUCGGCAGAGACGGCGGGGAACGGCCUCUACAACUUCAUCGUCCCGCUGCGCGCGUACUAUCGGCCCAGGAAGGAGCUCAACCCCAUAGUGCUGCUGCUGGAUAACGCGCCAGACAACCACUUCUUAGAGGCCAUUUGCUGCUUUCCAAUGGUUUACUUCAUGGCUGGCACCAUCGAUAACCUGGACAACCUGCUGCAGUGUGGUAUCAUCUACGCCGACAACUUGGUGGUCGUGGACAAAGAGAGCACCAUGAGCGCUGAGGAGGACUACAUGGCCGACGCCAAGACCAUCGUCAACGUGCAGACGAUGUUCAGGUUGUUCCCCAGUCUCAGCAUCAUCACGGAGCUCACACACCCGUCCAACAUGAGGUUCAUGCAGUUCAGAGCCAAGGACUGCUACUCGCUCGCUCUCUCCAAGCUGGAGAAGAUAGAGCGUGAUAAGGGCUCCAACCUGGCCUUCAUGUUCCGGCUGCCGUUUGCUGCAGGCAGGGUUUUCAGUAUCAGCAUGUUGGACACGCUGCUCUACCAGUCGUUUGUGAAGGACUACAUGAUCGCCAUCGCGAGGCUCCUUCUCGGUCUGGACACCACGCCUGGCUCCGGGUACCUGUGUGCCAUGAAGGUCACCGAGGAGGAUCUGUGGAUCAGGACCUAUGGCAGACUCUUCCAGAAACUUUGCUCCUCCAGCGCCGAGAUCCCCAUCGGCAUCUACCGAACCGAGUCUCACAUGUUCUCAACCACGGAGUGCAAGGGCAGUAAUGCGCAGUCUCAGGUGUCCAUCAACGUGGAGCAGGGCGAGGGGCAUCGAGAGCGCGGAGAGUCGUGGAAGAAGAAGGUGGCCCACCGGAACUCCACGGCGAGCGACCAGUCGGAACACCCGCUGCUCAGGAAGAAGAGCAUGCAGUGGGCGCGGCGUCUGAGCAAGAAGAGCGCCAAGCCGUCGAGUCGCACCGAGCGCAUCUCGCAGCAGAGGCUCAACCUGUACCGACGCUCGGAGCGACAGGAGCUGUCGGAGCUGGUCAAGAACCGCAUGAAGCACCUGGGCCUGCCCACCGUGGGAUACGAGGAUGUUUCUAAUCUCACUGCGAGCGAUGUCAUGAAUCGAGUAAAUCUAGGAUAUUUGCAAGAGUUGCAGGAUAUUUCAGAGCAUCCGUAUACAGAGGGGACCAGGCCGGCAGGGCCACACACAGACGAGAUGAACGACCACCAGAACACGCUGUCCUACGUCCUCAUCAAUCCUCCCCCCGACACCAUGCUGGAGCUCAACGACAUUGUGUACAUUAUCCGGUCCGACCCGCUGGCCCACAUGCCGGACGACGCCCAGGUGGGGCAGCCACGCGGCACCAGGAACCAGCAGGACUUCGGCACAGAGACGAGAGGCGAGACUCACCUCUGAGACCAUUAACCCCCUGCAAGCCCCACCCGGGGGGGGGCGGCAGAGCUCGUUUGUCCCAGACAGAGGAAGGGCUCGUCUCGGGGGGCCAAGAGCGGCGGCGGCGGCGGCCCAUAGUGAAUGUGCAUCGUGUGUCUCUCAGCCUCGGAGCAGAAAAAGCUAUGAACAUUUUUAAAAAAAACGAGAAACCUGCUGUUUUUCCCACUGAGCUGCUACAGGAGGAUGCAUGAAGAGUGCCUCGUCUCGCCCGUCGACCCCGACUCCUCCCCUCACGCGUCGCCCCGCCAACUGCUCCCUUCUCCCAACCAAAGGGCUGAGAGAUGUGAUCGCUGCUAUGAGGAGGUCUUUGGACGGUCAAAGGAUUAUUUUCUUUCUUUCUUUCAGGCACAUACAGUACAUGGUAUCAAAUCAUCACUUCAUUCAACGUGUGUUUUGCUCGGGGGGGGGGGGGUUGUCCUCGUGCAACUCUCUCUGCGCCUGUUUCUAACGUAAACUCGGGGGGGACGUACACCCAGCGAUUAAAGUUCUCUUUGCCACUUCGGACUUGUGUCAAUUAACUUCCAGAGAAGCCACGUAUGAGAUCAGAGUAGAUAUAGAAUAUGGCUUUUUCUUUACUUUGUUUUGCGAUGGGUCAUUCGGUAAAACACGCACACAAAAAUUCGGCGAGGCGCCAUGUUUUCGGAGGGUCCACGUUCUUUACAACCAGGUCAGUGACAACGUAAAACCUUUCUGACACGAGACCUUGUACAAAAAAUGGUUCCACGGUUGAAUGUCAAAAGGAAAACGUGAUUGUCAGUCGGGUGUUUAUUGGCGCCGCGGACAUUUUAUCUAUCAACGCAUUAACCGUGAACUUUCCUUGAUUUAGAGAUGAUUUUUUUUUUUUGAAUUUUCUUUUUGUUUACGUGUUGAUGACAAACCGUCAUCUGUGAAUAUUCAGUACACACGGUUAUCAGCCACAUUAAUGUUUAUUUUUCUCUGUUGUGUUUUUUGGUAUGUGUUGAAAAGUGAAUAAUUUAUUUCUCUCUUUUUAAGAGUCCAAAAAUCAUAUCUGCUCUAUUCGUAUGUGCCAUUUCGUUCACUUUAUUUCGUAUAUAUUUAUAUUACCGGUACGUGCCAUUCUGCAUCUGUUUUGUGAUAUCAGUGCUGGUGUUUAUUCCAGAACCUGACCGAUUCAUAAAACAAGUUUACUGCAAUAGAGAAAUGCAACAAAAAAAAAAAACUGAGAAUGAGGAAAACAUUCAUAAAAAUGAUGAUUCGCUCAUUUGUAUCGGCCAUAAUUUAAUUUGAUCAAUUAAUUAAUUAAUCACAAAAGCGCACACAACCUUAUUUACUGUUUAUCGUAGUUCAGUAGUUGAUUGUAAGAUUUUACAAAUGUCAAAAACUGCUAAAUAUGUUUUUAUAUGUAUAGUGAGUCUUAUUUUCUUAGUCAAACUUAAGGAGUAUGAUGUUAUUUAAAGCUGUAUUUUGAUUCUUUUAUUUAGCUGGAUGUAAAGUAGUAAUCAUCAGUUUGUAAUAUGCAUAUUCCUUUUUUUUUGAGAAUUAGAUGAGAAGCUUGACAUUCAUUUUUAAGAAAGAUUUUAAAAAUCUAGCGCUAGCUGGAGAGUAGCUUAGCCUAGCAUCAAGGCUACGCUAAUGGGUAAGCAGGGGGAAACAGCUAGCAGCACUUUAAAAGCUUGCUAGCUAAACAUGUUUUCUUUCUUUCUUUCUUUUUUUACAAAAUGUAAACUUCAGUUUCACAUUUGUACCUGCGUUUUGUGUAGAUGAAGCCACAUUCAGCAUGUUAGUUUGUAAGUUAGGAAGGUGCUGCCGUUUCGUCCCCGGCUUCUAGCGUUAUGCUAAGCUAACAGUCUCCUGGCUGCAGGCGUCAAUGUUCUCAUCUAACACUCAGGGGAAUAAGGGCGUAUUACAAAUGUUCAAACUAUGACUUUAAGGUAUUUUAAUCAGAAAUACUGCUAAAAUAACAAACGUGUCAUUAUCAAAUAGUUUGAACAAUAUCUGCAUCCGCCAAAAAAACAUUAUCGGUCAGGUUCGAGUUUUUUAUUUAAAUUCUUUUAACUUGAAUUCACUUGAAGUCGAUGAUAAAUAUUCAUACUUUUCAUAACUCUUGAACAAGUUGCGGUAGAGGAGUGGUAGCAGAACAGUUUUUUGCACAAAUACUGACGCGGCACAGUCGAGUCUCUUUUGACCUUUGGUCCAGAAGUCUGAGACCACUUGACCCCCUCUGUAUUUCAAGAAAAAUGAAGAUCCCUCCUCUCCCAGAUUCACCGCGCAGUAUUUAUUUAAUUUUUUUUAUUAUUUCUCAGCUGUAUGUUUAGUUUCAUAUCACUGUACAUAGAAACUUUAUACGUGUUCAUCAUUUGCCGUUUUUCCUCGUUUCACCCUCUUCUGUGGGACAAAAAAAGGGUAGAAGAGGAAGUAUUUUUGCACUAAAGCUCUGCGGAGGAUGUGCCGAGCAGAACAAGCACGACCCUUUAAUCUGAAUCUGAAGCGAGGACGGUCAGAUGUCGCAGGAAAAGUGCCAUGGACUUUUAUUGAUUUUUUUUUUUGAUUUUUUCCAUUGGUCAUAGAAAUAUCAAGCGGUUCGUUAACGGUGAAGGAAUCUGUGAAUUUGCCAUAAGCUUGAGUUCAUUUAACGUCUUCCUGGAUCCUCACUCCCAACAGAUCUCCACACUCCACGAACAAAAACACCAACCUGCUGUCCGCAUUCACAAACCCACGAGGGGCAUGGAAACACAAAAAGAAACAAAAAGCAUGUUUUGAUAUACGAGCUUGCCAAGAAUAAACACGAUGACAUUUUGUACAUCUCGGCAGGACGUUUCACGUGAUGUCCCGUUGCUAGAGGAACCCAUAACCCGAGUCAGCUGCUUGCAAGUUGGAGAUUAUUUGAUACUGUGUAUUUAUUUUUUGGAGUGGAACGUGCAUGUCGUCUCCGUGUUACCGAAAGUCUCCGUGUUGCGUUUACCUCCAGUUCAUGAUUUUAACGUCCCCGUCCCGUCCCCAAAAAAAAAGAAGUGGGUUGAUCCAUUUUGUACUAUUUCUUAUGAGAAGCGAGUGUUUUUUCUUCUCCACGUAUGAAAAGAAACAUAUGAACAAAUAAACGCUGCAUGCAGCCAGAUCGGA